GCUUCCAUCUGUUAAUGCUGUUUUUUGAAGCAGAAGAGAGGAAGGGAGGGAUGUUAUAAUCAGACCGCUGCAGUGUCUGGCCAGUGGAGGAGAUAAGAGGCAACCACGGAAACGGAACCGAUCUGGACAGGAGACGCACACCGGGAACAUACACCCUCCGGGGAUUCUAUUCUAUUCUUCUUGAUCGGCGCGUUGAUUCUGGAAUAUCAGGAAAAUAAAACCCUCCCUCCGUCCCUCUCUCCUUAUCGGGAAAGCCUCGACAUCCGUGCCUUCAAUCCUCUCCGUAUGCAGCUGGAGACUCCACAGCUGUAGCGGAGGACGCUGUUUACGGUCUGGCCGAGAGGUUUAGGCGCUCCGUCACCCCGGGGUGUGGCAGGCAGAGUGACCGCUGAGUGGAGGAUGGUUUGGGUGUGAAGAUGGGGAAGGACCAGGAACUACUGCAGGCAGUAAAGACGGAGGACCUGCUCACCGUUCAGAAGCUGCUGCAGAGGCCCGGGAAAGCAAAGCUCCUUGGUUCUGCUAAGAGGGUCAACGUCAACUUUCAGGAUACAGACGGGUUUGCUCCGCUGCACCAUGCUGCUCUCAGUGGGAACCUGGAGCUCAUCUCUCUGCUGCUGGAAUCGCAGGCCACCGUGGACAUCAGGGACCAGAAGGGGAUGCGCCCACUGCACUACGCGGCUUGGCAGGGGAAGGCAGAGCCUAUGAAGAUGCUGCUGAAGUCUGGUUCGUCGGUCAAUGGCCAAUCAGACGAGGGACAGAUCCCUCUGCACCUGUCGGCACAGCACGGACACUACGACGUGUCUGAGAUGUUGCUCCAACACCAGUCUAAUCCGUGUAUAGUGGACAAUGCAGGAAAGACUCCUCUCGAUCUGGCCUGUGAGUUCGGCAGGGUCGGGGUGGUUCAGCUCCUUCUCAACAGUAACAUGUGUGUGGCCCUACUGGAACUGAAACCAGGAGAUUCUACUGACCCCAAUGGGACCUCUCCUCUACACCUGGCGGCCAAGAACGGACACAUAGACAUCAUCAGGCUGUUGAUCCAGUCUGGAAUAGACAUCAACAGACAGACCAAGGCUGGCACGGCUCUGCAUGAGGCAGCUCUCUGUGGGAAGACUGAGGCGGUUCGCCUCCUGCUGGAUAGUGGUAUCAGUGCAGCUGUGAGGAACACCUACAGCCAGACUGCCCUGGACAUAGUUUACCAGUUCUCUGCUUCACAGGCCAGCAGAGAGAUCAAACAGCUACUCAGAGAUGCGUCAGCAGCCCUCCAGGUCAGGGCCUUGAAGGAUUACUGCAACAACUACGACCUGACCAGCCUCAACAUCAAGGCUGGGGACGUCAUCACGGUUCUCGAGCAGCAUGUUGACGGGCGCUGGAAGGGCUGUAUCCAUGACAACCGUACAGGAAAUGACCGCGUGGGCUACUUCCCUUCUACAAUAGUGGAGGUCAUCAACAAGAGAACAGGGUUGCCGAGCACAGUCAUUAACACCCAACAGUUUCAAAAGAUACAGCUCGUUCCCACGCCGACGGUCGCCCCCGCCAACUCAGCGGUCGUCAACGGCAACGAAACCACGUUCCAUCAGUUCCAUAUCCUGCCUCCUCCGCCUCCUCCACCUCCACAUACCCAUCAGCCACUGCUUCCACUAUUCACUUCCUUUGGCUAUAACAGGUCGCCCGUGACGACCCCAGGGGACACACCCCCCACCCCCCCAG